AGGAGACUAGAACCUUCUACUCAAUUCGUGAACCCUUUUCGCAUAUAAACCUUUGGUCUCUGCUCUUUCACUACCACACAAAAAUACAAAAGCAGAAAUGGCGAAGCGUUUGCUCCCAACACUCAACAGGGUUUUGAUCGAGAAAAUCACCGCCCCUGCUAAAACUAAUGCCGGUAUUCUUCUCCCUGAGAAAUCCUCUAAGCUGAAUUCCGGUAAAGUGGUGGCUGUCGGGCCAGGGCUGCGUGACAAGUCAGGAAACUUGAUUCCCACUGCUGUCAAGGAAGGUGACACUGUCUUGUUGCCUGAGUAUGGUGGUACACAAGUCAAGUUGGGGGAGAAAGAGUUUCAUUUGUACCGGGAUGAGGACAUUUUGGGGACGCUUCAUGACUGAGAUCAUCUAUAUAUUUGAGUUCAUUCAAACCUUGAGGUUAAACUUAAGGGGAAGUGGGGUUUAUUUUGGGUUGUUUUUGGUUGAAUAUUGGAAUUGUUGAAUUGUGUUUAAUCUCUAAUGCAGUGAUAGUUGAAUAACCUUUGCAAUUCUGUUCUUUUAGCAUUGAGUGACUUGGAAACUUAUGUAUUCUGCUACUGAAAAUGAUGAAUCUCCCAAGUUAGACUUAUAUAUCUA